UUUUCAUUCGUCUUAUCUGUUUCAAGGUCGAAAUUUCCAUUUCUACUCGGCGUUCCUCCCCUCCCCCGCGAGUGCAAGUAUUGCAGGUUAACUUAAGAGUGGGUUUUUAUGGAGUUAAAUUUAUGGAAUCUUUCAUUCUUGUGGGAUUUUUAUGAGACUACCAGAGAAAUGCUUAUUCGAGACUGCUGAGAUGUUUUGGAAUAAUUCAAAUAAGUUCAAAUAAUAGCUGCUAUUAACUCGUAAAUUUGAAGGUGACAGAAGAGAAUGGGGAAGUCAAGCGUCCCUUUGUCAAGCAAGAGACGCUUAACUUUGGAUACGACGCUUCUUAUGCGAAUUACUCAACGACUUCUUCUACUUCGACGAUUAACCAGCCUCUACCGGGGCAACCACCAUUGCCUCCCAUGCCUCCUCCACCAGGAGCGGUCCCACCACCCCCGCAUGUAUUCGGACCUGUACAUACUCAGGUUGCUCCGAUUCAAACAUGGGCGCAUCCACAGUCGUGGCAAUGGGUUACCCCACAGACAGCUCCGUUACCUCCUCAAACUUCCCGAGACAUUGUGACGAGUACAUUUCAAAGAGAAAUGCCUCUGAGGGUCAAUUAUAUCAGGAGAGGCAGAUUCAACCACAAUCCGAACAGUGUCUAUGUCCAGAGGAAUAAUUUUCACCGUAAGAACAGAAGGCUUCCACGGUUUGAUCAAAACCAGGGUCAGUUUGACCAAGCUGCUUACUUUGGAGCUGCACAGUCUGCUGGAAUUGGUUUGGAAUGGCAGCGAAGCAAUUUUGCUACACCAACGACAGAGGCUUUAAUGAACCAUGUUGCACUGUCCAAUCACCAGAUACCUCCGUUACCUCCAGGUGUUUCAGGAAUUAAUAGGCAUGGAAAAGACACCAGAGAUCAAGAAAUUAAAAUUGAAGAAGUGGUGGUCAAGAAAAGUAAGCAACGUAGACCAAUGUCUCAGAGCUACCCGAGUCGCCCUUGGAAUCGAGAAGAUGCCGAGAGAGCAUUACAAAUUGAAAAUGAGUACAACAAGACUGUCAAGGCUCAGAGUCUCAUAAUUAAAUUUCCAGACCCUGAUCUAAACAAAGACAUAGUCAGAGAAUUUCAUCCUGGGAUACAGAACAUACAUUUUCAGAGUCCCAGUGGACCUCGAUAUUGUUUCAUUCAAAUGGCAGAGAAUGUCAAUAUCGAUGAAGCAAUAAAAAAAUUAGAGGAGAUUCGGUUUGGAGUUGGAUAUUUACGAGUUGAAAGAAAAUCAUUAAGAGACAAAGAUAACCCAAUGCCGGAAGAAAUCGACCCAUACACAUUGUACAUAGGAAAUCUGCCUGAGUCAGUCAAUGUAAAUGAAGUUAAGAGCAAAUUCCCUACAGCAGCUCGAGUAGAUGUAGGACAUGCCCAGAAGAUGAGGAACACACGAUAUGCUUUUAUGAGAUAUAAUAGUGUAGAUGAAUCCAUAUCUGCUUAUAAAGAGGCUCAUAAUUUGAUGUGGGAUACCAGAAGUAUUAUUGUUAGAUUUAGAAGGCAACGAGGUAAUACUUGUCUUCCUGGAGAGCCAAAACCAAAUUUAAAGAAAGCCGGAGAUGAAGCGAGUGCAGCUGCCCAAAUUCAGAAGGAACACCAGAAUAGGGUUACGUCAACUUCUGCUGUUGAAACACCAACAUCAUUAGUAGCUUCGAUAACACCUGCUAAAACUGCAGAGCAACAACAGCCUUGGACUUCGCAACAACCUCAAAUACCAUCAGCCGCUGAAGCUCCCCCAGAACGCUCAGCAGAGACUGGUCCCAUUGAAGAAACAAUGAUCCUUACGGAUAUUAAGGAAGAACCUGAAGAUUAUGAAGAAAUGCCUAAUGAUAUUCACAUGGAGGAAGAUAUGGAUGAUGACGACGACGACGACGAUGACGACGAGCCUAACGAAUCCGAAGAAGAAGAAGACGACGAAGACAAUGAAGACGAGGAAGAUGAGGAAGACGACGAUGAAAUUAAUGGAAAUACAACUUCAGCAAGAGCUGAAAAACAUGAUAGCAGGUCAAAGGACGAAGAACCUUCCGAUGAUCUUGAUCAGAUGUUCAAUAACUUGGAAAGCAUUGCAGGAGAUAUCGGACUGUAAUGGUCCUUAAUGGAGUACAUUUUAUUCCGGUAAUAAUUUAGACUUAGAUUUUUAGAAUUUUACAAGACUCGAUUUCCCAAGUAAUUGUAAAUAUUAGUAGACGUAUAAUGUGAUGUAUUAGGAAGCUAUACACGUAAACCAUAUAAUUCUCAAUUAAGUCCAUUGUGCUUAAAUAUUUUACUGGCGAUUUAUUUUCAUACAGUAUGUCAAUAUCGCCCUUGAACUUACUUCAAGUUCACCCGAUCUUGUAAACCAUAUUUACUAUCAAUAAAAUUUUUAUUUUGCA